AUGUUAAGUGAAAAGAUUUUAUUUAAAUUAUUAUUGCUACUAUGCUUAUUAACUUUUGGAUUUUAUUGUCAUUUUCUUGUUGAAUUAAAUUCGCAAUUAAAUGAUGCAAACAUUUAUUCAAACGAUACCAAAAUUUAUUCAAAUGAUACCAAAAUUUAUUCAAACGAUACCAAAAUUCAUUCAAACGAUACCAAAUUUCAUUCAAACGAUACCAAAAUUCAUUCAAAUGAUACCAAAAUUCAUUCAAACGAUACCAAAAUUUAUUCAAACGAUACCAAAAUUUAUUCAAAAGAUACCAAAAUUUAUUCAAAUGAUACCAAAAUUUAUUCAAAAGAUACCAAAAUUUAUUCAAAAGAUACCAAAAUACAUUUAAAUGAUACCAAAAUAUAUUCAAAUAAUACCAAAAUAUAUUCAAAUAAUACCAAAAUAUGUUCAACCGGUACCAAAAUAUAUUCAAAUGAUACAAUUUAUUAUCUUGUAUUAGGUGAUUCGUUUGCGCGUGGUGUUUUCAAACCUAUUGACGCUGUCAAAAGAUCUCGUUCUUAUUCUUAUGCAGACGCAUUACAUGAGCGUCUCAUAGAGACAUAUCCAAAUCUUGUACUCAAAAAAUUUGCACGUGGAGGUCAAACUACUAGAACUCUUAUUAGAGAUCAGUUACCAAAUGCUAUAAAAUUUAUAAAACGUAAUCGAGGAUUAACAAAACUUGUUACAAUUAGUAUCGGAAAAAAUGAUUUUAUGGGCUGUAAAAAUUCCGAAUGUGAUAGAAGGAUUCGCAGAACAGUGUACUAUUUAAAAAAUAAGAUAAUUCCCGAGUUGAAGAAAGUAGGAGGUGAGGGAGUACAAUAUUUGGCUACUACAUAUCAUAAUGUACGUAAUAAUUUUGAUGCACUAGAUAACAGUUUAAUUAAAGUUUACAACGAGAAUGGAGUUAAAGUAGUGGAUAUGAGAAAGAUUAUUACGAAUGAAACAGGGUGUAUUUAUACUUACUGGUGCAACUAUCGGAAUGGACAUCCAAAUAUAAAUGGUAGUCGUGCAGUAGCAGAUGUGUUAUAUACCAACAUAGCUAGCGGUAAAAAGAAUAAAGAAGAAAGUUUUAAAUCUAUCGUCAUUUCUACCUUGGAAUCAGGUCUAUGUCAUGGCUAUAUAACGAAUUGUAAAGGUGACACAAUGUUCGAUAGAGGUGUGAAGUAUUGCACUGGUCGUUGUUUGGUGUCGAAACGCGAUAACAUACCAAACAAAGAUCCAUAUUGUCCUCAUAUGGUAGUCCGCAUGAAGGAUGGUACAGACAAAGAUCAAACUAUCUCAAGGGUCAAUAAAAGUGGCUGUUUCGAAGUUAGCGGUGAUCGCACUCGUUAUAAAUUUGCAGAAAUAGAAUGUCCUAAAACGUUGCCAAAACCUUGUAGAAACGUCGCUGCAGGAGAUUGGUAG